GUGAUCAGUGUGAGUCCUGGAGUCUUUACACACGACGCACACCGGCUGCAGGUGAUCGAGACAGAACAGCUUCAGUUUCUCCUGGUGAACACCGCAACGCGCCUCGUUCUGUUUGCGCUCCCGCAGAAAGUCCUCGCUCAGUUUUCCAGACAGCCUUUACAGAAGCUGUGGGCGCACGACAAAAUAACAGGGUCAUUAAAAAUGUCCUUGCAGAUCACACAGAUCAUUAAAGUGAGAACAAUUCCGGUGUCUCCGGCUCAAAGCAGCACUGACGCCAACCCCCAUCGACCAGCAGGGGGCGCCGCUGAACUCUCUGCUGCAGCCUUGUCGUUCUGCAGGAAUGAGACGUCUCAGGUGGACAUGAAAUCCCUCACCCGCUUCUGAAACGUUGUUCUCUAAUCUACACACUGUCACUGUGUAGUGAUUGAUGUCUGUGAAGACAAACGUCCAUCAUCUGUACAAAUUUGUUUUUAUCCAGGUUUCAAAUCUCACUUGGAUUAUAGGUGGAUUUAUAAAGGUGGUGUUAAAAGAAAAGCCUGGUUUAUGCUCUAUUUAGACUCUGAAGCCCUGCUGGUUUGUUUAGCUCUGCUUGACUCUGCCUGGAUCACAUUAAAACUCUUUUUGGACCUGAACCCGUGUGAUGGGAGCUUGUGGCUCAGACCCGUGGCCCCGGGUCGGACCUGUAAAGCCCGGUGUCCUGUCUGACUGUGUUCGGUCCAACUUGUCUCUGCUCAGCUCUGUGGUCCACAUAUUUCUGGACCACAGAGCUGCAGAAUGAGAGGAGGAGGAGGAAUCUGGGCCGUGCCAUUGGCUGGGGAGUUUUUCAGGCUGGCCGUGAUUGGCCGACGGAGUGCGAGCAGGGAAUCCCUCAGGGCUUUUCUGUCUUUGUCUGGGAUUAAAAUCACAAACAGCCCAGAAGGUCCUGGCUGCGCCGAGAAGAGCCCCAGUCCUCCUAAACCUGGGCUUCGCUAACAAUGCGAGCUCCUGUUCUGCAGCAGGGAGCUGGAGUCAUGCACCAACAAUACAGCUGCUGUUUUUAGGACCACAAAUCUCUCCAGCGUGUUGAUACGUGGGCUACGGCUGCAAUGUUGCAGGUUACUGUAAUAUUUAGCAGAGCGGCAUGAAUUCACUGCCCGACAACAGGGAUGAAUACGGGAGCUGCACUUUGCUCAGAGGCAGAAAUGAGCUUCCCUUCACAGUUCAGGUUGCAGACGGUGAAGCAGCAUUGAAGGAGGAGGAAACAAACUGAGAGGAGAAGUGUUGGGUUGCAGUGGGCUGUGCAGCAGAGCCACGGCCGAGCGCCUGUGGGCGUGGAGAGAGGAAGUGUGGUCGACAGGAGAGGAAUUUAAAGUCUCAUUGUUCUGGGAGAGCGAAGCAGAGGAGCUCAGGAGCUGCAGGAGCGAGGGCUCGAACCAGCGACGGACGCGGAACAACAUGGACGUGAGCGCAGCUAUGGAGAAGAUGUCUGUAAAGCACCGAGCAGCAGGAAAAGGAGGCGCUGCAGCGUGUCUCACGUGUAAGAUGAGCUGCUCUGGAUUCCAGCCACAUUCUUGGAGGAAGGCGUGCGUGGGCUGUGGCUGCAGCAUGGCGGAGCACAGCCUGGGAGGCGACGCGGAGGACGACCAGCGCAUGGGCCGCCUGCUGGCAGACUCCCCCUGCUCCCACCUCACGGCCAAGGUCAAAGGGGGCGGCGGCCUGCGCCUGUACAAGAGGAACCGCAUGAUCGUGACCAACCCGGUGGUCACGCGCAAAGACCCCACCUUCAAGACCACCACGUACGACUGGGCGCCGGCCGGCCUCAGCCAGAAGCUGGCCAUGCGCUACAUGGAGCUGAUCCCAGACGCUCGGCGUCCGGUCUCAGGGACCGGUGGAGCCCGGGAGCGACGAAGGCAGCUCCUCACCCAGCUGCCCGUCUACGACCAGGACCCCAUGAAAUGCCAGAGCCUCAGGAGUGAGGAGGAGAUUUGCUCCAUGGUGCUGUUCGUGAAGCGCUACAAGCAGGAGGUGCUGGGGGUCGGGGAGGUGGCUUUGCCCGGCGAGGCCGAGGCUCUGAGGGAAGCGGCUCUUCAGAGGGCGGCGAAGGAGGCGAAGGACGGCGCCGACGGCGACAAGGACGCUGUGAGCGGCCCGGACCCGAGUACGACCAGCGCCGCUGCCGGUGCCGCCAACGGCACGGAGGACAGCGCCCAAUACCGAUGCAGCGGUUGCCGUGGCGAGGUCGCCGGGGACAGCCCAGCUGUCUACGCGGAGCGUGCCGGUUACCAUGGCGCCCUGUGGCAUCCCACCUGCUUCACGUGCUCGGAGUGCGGCCAGGGGCUGGUGGACCUGGUCUACUUCUGGUCCAAACACAGGCUGCUCUGUGGGAGACACUACUGUCAGACCGUUUGGCCUCGAUGCUGCGGCUGCGACGAGCUGAUCUUCUGUGAGUCCUUUCACACGGCCAGCGAUGGACGAACAUGGCACCAUGAGCAUUACUGCUGCUGGAAGUGUGGGCAGAACC